AUGCGUGCAUCAUGUCGUCCGAGGCUCUGCUUCGCCUCGAGUGCCGCGUUGUUUCGCUUCCUAACUCUCUUAUACUUCAUCACACCUGUCCGUCGAGCAGCACAGCUGCAGUGUGCUGCUCUGUUAGUGCUGCUGGUGUCAGCACCAGCUCGAGCACCUCGUCCCUGUGCCGCCAGUCCGCUUUGCGUGUGCCGCGACGAUCACUUCGCGUGCGACGCGGUGCCCUUUCACAGAUUUCCAGAGACCGAGCCGGGUGUACUCCACGUGUCAAUGUCCGCUGCUCGUCUCGGCGUGCUGGGGGAGGCUGCUCUGGACGGUCGGCCUCUUCGUACACUGGUGCUGGUCGCCUCGCGUCUGCAUCAAGUCGACAGCGCCGCGCUAGCCUCCAUGGUCACGUCGCUCGCGUCUUUAGAUAUGAGUUACAACGAGUUCACGGAGGUUCCAAUAGAGGCGUUGCGACAUUUGAAAGUUUUGAAUUGGCUAAAUUUACAAAACAAUUUCAUAAGCGAUUUAAACCCUAUGAUGGACUGGGGCGGCCUCACCGACUCUCUGAGUAGCUUAUCGCUAAGUAACAAUCAUAUCUGUGUUAUUAGCCAGGGCGUAUUUUCUUCGCUCCGUCAUUUAACUCAGUUAGAGCUUGACGGCAACAGGCUUAGACAUCUGGACGCCGAAGCUCUCCCCAUCUCUCUGGCUAUUCUACGCCUUUCCGAUAAUUUACUUUCGGAGCUUCCUUGCAGAGCAUUAAUUCACCUUCCCCGUCUCCGUCACCUCCAUUUAAGAAAUAAUAUUCUUCAACCAAAGUCUAAUAUAACAUGCCGCAGCGAGCGAUCAAAAAUUGAUUCACUUGAUCUUAGUCACAAUGAACUUAGUGACAGUUUUAACUUUGACUUUCAUCAUAGUAUUCAACUGAAGCAAUUGGUUUUAGACCUCAAUGACUUUACUGCUGUUCCACCGUUUGUUCUUGAAUGUGGUCGGUUAGAAAAAUUAUCCAUUUCCUACAAUAACUUACAAUAUAUAUCAGACACCAUAGUUCAUGGUCUUAAACAUAGUUUACAGAGACUCGAUUUGGACCAUAAUGAAUUAACAUUAUUACCAGAUUCUUUAAGAGAGAUGAACCGACUACGACAUCUGUCUGUAACAUACAACCGUUUGGAAGACAUCAAACACUUACCACCAAAGCUACAUUCCUUAUCAUUAUCCGGAAAUUAUUUAAAUUCAUUUCCAAGUGCUCUUCAAAAUUUAAGUGUAGCGACUCUGUCUUAUUUAGAUCUCGGCUACAAUAGAAUUUCCUUCGUGUCUUCUGAUAAUUUCGGUGUAUGGUCUAAAGCCCUCACAACUCUUGGUCUCCGAGGAAACAGGAUCGCCCAGCUGCUGCUCGAUUCCUUCCCACCCUUGCCGCUCCGUGAACUUGUACUUAGUUUUAAUGACUUGUAUUAUAUUGAAGCUGGCGUGUUUUCAAAUUUAACACAGUUAAGAAUUUUAGAAUUAUCUUCUGCUGUAUUUAGUGGUGACAUUUCAACGGGUUCUGGUCUGAGAACUUUGACGUGGCUCGGUCUAGACAAUAACAAUAUUCAUUAUAUGUCGUCCGAAGACAUUCUUCAGUUUCCCUCUUUAGAAUAUCUAAAUUUAGAUUUUAACAAGAUAAUUGUAUUCCCCAGCGAUUUGGGAAACACUCGAGGAUCCAGUAAGUUGAAGGAGUUGAGACUCUCCUAUAAUUACAUACAUAAGGUUGGCUCAGACUUUCUUGAGAAUUUUACAGAACUGCAGAGUAUAGAUUUAUCAUAUAAUCGUAUGCAAAAUAUUAGCGAAAAAACGUUUGUUAAUUUACGAAACUUAGUAUACUUAAAUUUAGCCGGGAAUCUAAUAGAAUCAGUUAGAGAUGAAGCUUUCGUUGAGUUGCCAAAGAUAGAAGUGUUGGAUCUGCAAGAAAAUAAUUUGGCGAUAUUUUCAUUAAGUUACUUUGUAAAUAUAUCAAAUUAUAAUUCCAAUUUUGCAGUAAACGUCAGUUAUAAUAAUAUAAAGAUUCUUCGCGGGGGCUCGUCCGUAUACAUCAAUGUCUUGGAUCUGUCAUAUAAUGAGUUAGAAACUUUACCGCGGGACUUUUUUAAUUCUCUCGGGGAACAUAUACGACAAUUAUUUUUAUCUAAUAAUAAAAUUUAUGCCAUAGACAAUGUAGCUUUUGGAUAUUUGAUAAAUUUAAAUAUUUUAAGUUUACAAAAAAAUAAUAUAAGCGUAAUUAAGAGACGAGCAUUUUCGGAAAUGCCUUCACUUCAAAUAUUAGAUUUGUCAAAAAACAAAAUUUCUCAAUUAUCUGUAGAACAGUUCCACAGCCUUCCCUGGUUGAGACUGUUAAGAUUAGAAGGGAACAGGUUACGAGCUCUACCUCGGGACGUGUUUAAGAAUACUUUACUUGAAUACUUAGAUUUAAGUAACAACCAGUUGUCUUUGUUCCCGAGCAGUGCACUGGCCCAAGUUGGUUUCACUUUACGUCGUCUUGAAUUAUCAAAAAAUAAAAUAGAAUAUCUCGACGCCGCUAUGUUCCACGCGACAGCUUUCUUACAUGAACUUGGCUUAGCGCAGAACGCUUUAACUGUCUUGUCAGAUAACACUCUAGCUGGAUUGCCGAGAUUACGCAGACUUGAUCUGUCGUUUAAUGCGAUAAAAACCAAUUUCAAAGAAUUAUUUCAUAACGUGCCUCGUUUGCGGCGAUUAUCUUUAGCUAAUACAGGAUUAAAAACUGCUCCUCAUAUUCCCCUUGCUAAUCUCACGGAAUUGAACCUGGGCAACAAUUACAUAACAUCAUACAGUGAGGUCGACAUGAAGCAUUUUCAAAAUUUAAGAGCGUUAGAUAUUGCAGGAAAUAAAUUUACAACACUUCGUCCUGCUAUGUGGGCAGCUGUACCAAAGUUGUUGUCACUCGAUGUGUCCAGAAAUCCAAUAGUUCGAAUUCAACAUGGCUUGUUUGAGGGGUUACAAAGACUUCUGUAUCUCAAGAUGGAUGACUUAAAGUAUUUGGAAACACUAGAACCUCGAGCUUUUCGCGCUUUGAUAUCCCUCAGGUCCCUUACUUUAGAGACGCCUGCUGGCGAGGGGAGGGCUGUUCCCAUAACAGAAAUCAUAUCUUCAUCACCUAAUAUAGAAGUGUUAGCCAUCCACGUACAUAAAGAAAUCGUGGAUACUCAAUUUCUAGGAUUGGUCGCCCCAAAACUAAGAUCAUUAGAAGUGCGGGGUGCUUCAAUAAGGAGUGUAACUGCAGAUGCAUUCUCUGCCCUCGGUAAGCAACGAGCGCUGACUUUGCGUCUGACUGGUUCAUCAGUAUCGGAGCUGCCUGCAGGGCUCAUACUGCCGUUGGUACGAGUACCGCACCUCGCACUCGAUUUAACUGACAAUCAGUUAGUUAGUUUUGGUCCGUCGGUUCUCUAUCCAAAUCUCACUGGGUGGAAUCGUUACGCUACAAAAGUAUUGCCCGGUGGUCUUCUGCUGGGUGGUAAUCCUCUCCGCUGCGGCUGCUCGUCGUCCUGGGUGGGUGGUUGGUUGCGUCGCUGGUCGAGCGAGGUGGGCGGCGGCUCCCGUCGAGCUCGUGCCGCGGCCCGCCACUCCACCUGCCUCACUCCGUCCGGGCCCCGCUCCCUGCUCGCCCUCAACGCUGAUGACGCCGAGUGUCACGCCAGCGCCCUCUCCAGUCGCUCCUGGACGCUCGCGUGUCCUCAUGUCUUCUAUUAUAUGUUUUUAUUGGUGAUGACGGUGUAUUCUCUUAGUUAG